AGGUGCAUACGAAGUGUUGCGACGUACCAAAAGUGUUAUGGAUUACUAAUGCGAAAGUGAAAAAAGUAACACGUUUCCUGUUUCGUUUUGAGAUGUACGCAACCAAUCCACGACCAGUGUGCAAUAAUAAUUUAUCUGAACAACAACAAGUUAAACUACAGAAGAUCAAAGAGCUGACGAGAAUUCUAAAGGAUACAGACAAAAAUCUGACUGUUUGCGAAGAAAUAUUGGCAACUUAUAUAAGGAAACGACUAAGGGACAAGCGACAAGAAAUGCAAAGACGCAGUGAAUUGGAACACAAAAUGACGGAAAUUCUCGAAAAUUUGAAAACCCGGCUGCUGGUCGAGUAAUUCCUAUCAAGAUGUAUACUUAUAUGUUUUCUGAUUUAAUUUUGUAAUAACUAAUGAGUUCACUGCAUGAAUAUAUUAUUGAGAUUAAGUACCUAAAUUAUUAAUACUGAAUUACCGAGUUAGCAACGUGCUAUAAGAAAUACAUAAUACGUACAAAGAUAAAUCACUUACCAACUUUUUGUCCUCCUGUGUUGUAAUUCAUAUCUAGAAUGACUAGAACUUAUUCACUUAGUUCACUUAUCACAUAAUUGAAACUAUAUCACUAAUUUAUUCGAUUUUAUUUAAGGAAAUUGUAAUUUUAAUUUACGACGUGCAGG